AGCAGCCGGGCGGGCAGCGGUGCCCAUGGCAUGUCUGAUGGCGGCUUUCUCCAUGGGCAGCUCUUUGGGUGGCAGCAGCUCUGGUUGCACCAUGGCCGAGCCAAAGUCUGUGUGUGUCUCGGUGGAUGAGGUGGUCUCCAAUGGCACAGACAUCCAGGACAUCCGACUCAUGAAUGGACACUUAAAAAAAGUGGACAAUGCUCUGACAGAAGCUCACAGGUUCUCCUACCUGCCCCGCAGGCCAGCUGUGAACAUUGAGUUUAAAGAACUGUCCUACUCUAUCCAGGAGGGGCCAUGGUGGAGAAAGAAAGGUUAUAAGACCCUUUUGAAAGGAAUUUCAGGGAAGUUCAGCAGUGGAGAACUCGUUGCAAUUAUGGGACCUUCAGGAGCUGGGAAGUCAACACUUAUGAAUAUUCUGGCAGGAUACAGGGAGACGGGAAUGAAAGGAGAAAUCCUCAUCAACGGGCAGCCCCGCGACCUGCGCUCCUUCCGCAAAGUCUCCUGCUACAUCAUGCAGGAUGACAUGCUCCUUCCCCACCUCACUGUGCAGGAAGCUAUGAUGGUAUCUGCUCACUUGAAACUUCAAGAGAAAGAUGAAGGGAGGAGAGAAAUGGUGAAGGAAAUCCUGACAGCCCUCGGUUUGCUGACGUGUGCCAACACGAGGACUGGGAGUCUCUCUGGAGGCCAGAGGAAGCGUCUUGCCAUUGCUUUGGAGCUGGUGAACAACCCUCCUGUCAUGUUCUUUGAUGAACCAACCAGUGGCUUGGAUAGUGCAUCAUGUUUCCAGGUGGUCUCUCUGAUGAAGGCUUUGGCCCAGGGUGGCAGGUCCAUCAUCUGCACAAUUCACCAGCCCAGUGCAAAACUGUUUGAGCUCUUUGACCAGCUCUAUGUUCUAAGUCAAGGUCAGUGCAUUUACCGUGGGAAGGUAACAAACCUUGUCCCUUACUUGAGAGAUCUGGGGUUGAAUUGUCCAACCUACCACAACCCAGCAGAUUUUGUUAUGGAGGUGGCAUCUGGAGAGUACGGGGACCAGAACAGCCGCCUGGUCAGGGCGGUGCGGGACAGGAUUUGUGACACGGAUUACAAGAGAGACGUGGCUGGGGACAACGAGCUGAACCCUUUCCUGUGGCACCGGCCCUCGGAGGAGGUACCUGAGCAUCCCAAUUUUUCUGGAGAAAAGUGCUCCUUUCCUGCAAUCCAUCUGAUUUCAGCCACGCUGUCAUUGCUUUUGAGCCCAGACUUUUUGAUAAAUGCCACUCUUUGCUUAUCACAGGUCCUGACACACUUGAGGAUCACCUCACACAUUGGCAUUGGGCUGCUCAUUGGAUUGCUCUACUUGGGCAUUGGCAAUGAAGCCAAGAAAGUCCUCAGCAACUCGGGAUUCCUCUUUUUUUCCAUGCUGUUCCUCAUGUUUGCUGCGCUCAUGCCGACUGUCCUCACCUUCCCCCUGGAGAUGGGAGUAUUUCUCAGAGAGCAUCUGAACUACUGGUACAGCCUGAAAGCCUAUUACCUCGCCAAAACCAUGGCUGAUGUUCCUUUUCAGAUCAUGUUCCCCGUGGCUUACUGCAGCAUCGUGUACUGGAUGACUUCCCAGCCCUCCGACGCGCUGCGCUUCGUCCUCUUCGCAGCCCUGGGGACCAUGACUUCCCUGGUGGCCCAGUCCCUGGGCCUGCUCAUAGGGGCAGCCUCCACAUCCCUCCAGGUGGCAACUUUUGUGGGUCCAGUUACUGCCAUCCCAGUCCUUCUGUUCUCUGGGUUUUUUGUCAGCUUUGAUACCAUCCCAACAUACCUCCAGUGGAUGUCCUACAUUUCCUAUGUCAGAUACGGGUUCGAAGGAGUCAUCCUCUCCAUCUAUGGACUGGAUCGAGAAGACCUGCAUUGUGACAAAGAUGACACCUGCCAUUUUCAAAAAUCGGAGGCCAUCCUGAAAGAACUGGAUGUAGAAAAUGCCAAACUUUACCUGGACUUCAUCGUCCUUGGGAUUUUCUUCUUCUCUCUGCGCCUGAUUGCCUAUUUUGUCCUCAGAUACAAAAUCCGAGCGGAGAGGUAAAGGAAAAGCAGCUAAACCAGUGCAGUAGGAGAACUUUAGACAUGCAAUAGAGGGCACUUGACAUUGUCUCACUGUGGCAGGCUGGUCCCCAGUGCCCAGAUGCUGUCCUGAGCGAGCCCAUGGAGAGCCACAAUGGGAUAGUGGACAAACAGUGUUAAGCCAAUCAGUCCAGUUGGGUUGGGUCAUGUUUCCAUUACACUUUCUAGCUUUAACUAGGAAGAAGAACUAGAAGGGAAUUUUUACACCACAGAAUAUCAAUACUGAGGCAGUGUAACUGUAACAAGAAACCUGUCUGCAGGAGCUUUCCUUAUGAAAACUAAUUUUGGGAUAAGGUCACCAGGAUGCCAGUCCUGGUGGCCAGAAUAGUAUAAUGUCAUCUCUAGUUGACAAGGUAGUGAAAUGCAAAAUGAGGAAUGCAAAGAAAAUAGGAUUCUGUCAUCUUUUUAAAUUUCAUCUUUGCAGUUUUCUAUGUAUUAUUUUGCAAUUCUUUUCCACAGAAUUACCCCUUCUGGAUAAAAGUCUGUAAAUGUAUUAAUAAGGUAAAGAUAUCUUUUUAAUAUGGGUACUUUUUUAAAAGAAACCUAAAGUGAUUCAAGUAAUUAUUUUUGUUUCUGUCUGAAUUUAGAAUUCUGGUGCUUUACUUGUCGAGCUGGUCUCAUAUCUGAAAACUGUAAUGAUAAGAGGAAAAGGCAGAUUCUGAAUCUGCACUAAACCUGUGGUCCCAUUUGGAAGCAGCACUGCAGUUAGACAUGGUCAAGCUGUCACUGAAUGGUUGAAAAAAUAUUCUUUUUCAGUGUCUUUAAAUCCUUAGUAUUUGUGAUAUUUUGGGAUACUAGCUCUGUUCAUUAUCUGUUUGAUCUACCUCCUGCGACUGAAAAUAAUCAAAGCACUCCAAGGCUCAUUUUUAAUUAAAUUGUGAAAACAGGAUCUGUCCCUAAAGUGAUUGUUAAAGGAGUGCAAGAGCUGUCCAUAGAUCAAGCCUUGGGCUCCUGUGUUAAAACACCCGUGACUGCCUCAUCCAGAGGUGUUCAAUGGUAUCUGCAACACACUCUGUGUAGGGCUCUCCAAAAAACACACAAAUGACUUUGUACACUGUAGUCUAAUCAUGCCAGGCAGUUUUGUUCUCAUCCCUAAGUCUACAUGCACAACAUGGGAAUCAGUUGAUCUGAACAUCAAUGAAACUGUUAU